AUGUCGAGCAACAAGAUCCAGCAGUGGUUUCCAUGGACUGAAGCUCCCGUGAUUGUGAAUGCGCCCAUGGCUGGCGCCGCCAGCCCGGAGCUUGCCGCCGAAGUGACCAAGGCGGGCGGACUCGGCUUCCUCGGGUGCAUCGCAGACGUCAGCGAAAACUCGCCCCAAGUAGCCAAGCUCGACGCAGACCUCACCAAGAUCCGGCAGCUGCUGGGCUCCUCUGCGACGACUCCCUCAGGCCACCUCCGCGUUGGCGCAGGCUUCCUAACAUGCCACCCGAGCAUCACCAACUUUGCGGCCACGGCGCUGCCCAUCAUCAGAAAGCACAAGCCGGCCGCGGUAUGGCUCUUUGCGCCGCAUGAGCACAUCCGGCCGCAAGGCGAGAUUGUGCGGCUGCUCAAAGGGCUGGGGCUCGGGAGAGAGCAUGGACAAGAGGCGCCGCCAAGGGUGUUUGUGCAGGUGGGCAAUGUGGCGGCCGCGAGGGAGGCGAUUGCGGACGGGGCGGACGCGGUGGUUUGCCAGGGGACGGACGCGGGAGGGCAUCAGUUCCGCAGGGGGAUGGGGGUGGUGCCGCUGCUGGGGGAGACGAGGAGGGUCGUUGAUGAGGGCGGGUAUGGGGAGGGCGUUUGUGUGCUUGCGGCGGGGGGCAUUGCGGAUGGGAAGGCGGUGGCGGCUAUGUUGACGCUUGAAGCGGAUGCCGUGGUCUUGGGCACAAGAUUCACCGUCGCCAAGGAGAGCAUCGUCCCCGACUUCCGCAAGCAAAUCAUCCUCGAAGCGUCCGACGGCGCCAUCUCGACCCUCAAGUCGCCCUUCAACGACGACAUUGCCGACUCGGACCUCUGGGGCUCGCUCUACGACGGGCGGGCCGUCGUGGGGCCCUAUCAUGAAAAGUUCCUCGCGGGCGCCUCGUUGGACGAGUGCCGGAGGGGGUUGCGCGAGGAGCAUUCGCCUGAGGAGGCGGCGAGGCUGAUUAACACCUGGGCGGGCGCGGCGAUUGGAUUGGUGAGAAAGGAGCAGCCUGCGGGUGAGAUUGUGCGAGAGGUGCGCGAGGAGGCCAAGCAGGCUAUUCGCAAGGUUGCAGCUCGUGUCUAG